AAUAAAAAGGAAACAGUUUUUGUUUUCAAAAUGAAUCCGAUACACUUUCUUCUCUUCCUCAUUGUCAUCGCCUCAACGACUGCCUUUCAUACGGCUCCAUGGGCAUCUCCCUCCUCCACCGCCUCCCUUCUGCCACUUCACCGGCAAUACAAACAAAACGAGCAAAGGCCUCAAUCUGCUCUGACGCGCCUGGCAACGAUACGAGGAGGAGUGUCGGGGAAAGUGUCGGAAGUACGCACGUUGGAGGAGACGGAGGAAGCAUUGAAUGGAGCAGGGAGCAAGCUGGUUGUCUUGGAUUUUACGGCGACGUGGUGUGGCCCGUGUAAGCUCAUCUCUCCUGUCUUCGAGGGUCUCUCAGAGGAGAUCUCUGAGAACGAGGCCGUCUUCUUGAAGGUGGACGUUGACGUGAACGAGGAGACAGCAAAGAAAUUCGAGGUGUCACAAAUGCCGACAUUCAUCUUCGUCAAAAAUUCGGAAGUGAAAGGCCGACUGGUCGGUGCCAAUCCAGACAAGCUUCGAGAGGCCGUCUUCCGCCUUCUGUAGGGAAGAGAAGAGUGAGGAAACGACAUGUGGCUUUUCUCCUAACAAAGUGGAGAAGGAAAAUUGGACAGGGUGGUUUAGGCCUGCACUUUUCAUCGCUAAGCGAAGCGAAGGUGUGUACGAAAGUAAAACCAUUUCGACCAACACGUCUUAUUUAAAAAAAAAGGUUUCAUUGGUUAUGAUGAAUGGAACCUGCAUCGAACAAACAGCUAUUGAUGCACAUAACGCCGGAUGAAGAAGAUGGAGUACCACUUAUACGGGGUGCAAUAUUUCUCAAACCUUUAUUUCAAUGGCGUGCGAAGCACUUUCAUCAAAGCUGAACUAAACGAAAUUGCAUUCUACCAAA